AUGAAAAGCCAAAACCGACCAUCACUGCUGGCCUUGUCGGCUCUCCUGCUCUGCGCGCUACGGCAGGCCGCCGGGUCUCAUCGCAGCAGCUCCGCAUCCUCCUCAGAGGUGACAGGCAGGAGCGGCGCGCGGACGGCCCAGGACUGGCUCACACACACUGACAGCGGCUCGGAUGGCAAUCGCAGCCACGAGCACGUGGGGAGCUUCAACACGUCCACUGUGACCCCUGGACGGGCUUACAGGGCGCCCGGCUGGAGCCCGGAGGAGGCGGUGUCCCCGGUGUGCGCCUACCGGAUGAUCGAGGGGGGCAUCGGGGGGCAGCUGUGUUUUCGAAACACGCUCAUUGGGUACAAAUGUCGCAAAGGGGAGUGCAGGACAGCGGUGUCGGCGGGCAGUCUGGUGGCGAACAUCCUCGUCAACGGCAGCGUGCUGCUGCAGUGGACCGGGCAGGACGCGAAGGCCAAGCAAAGCGCGGCCGGAGCGAACGCAACCCGGGACGACAGUCCGCCGACUGACUCUGCUUUCGGCGGCCGCCGCCACAGGCGCGGGGGCUACGAGCUGAGCUGCUGGUGGAACGGGAGCUACACUCAGUUCGAGUGCGCCGGUGUCCAUCUUGGAUCGGGCUGCACGGACUUUCUCCUGGUCGAGCUGCACGAAAACAUCCCGUACCGCCUCUGCCUGCGCCCCCUGGCGAGGAGCGCGGCCGCGCGGCGGGACUGCGUGGAGUUCACGCUGCCGCCGUCAGGGAUGCAGGACAUCGUGAUCGCCAUGACAACGGUGGGCGGGGCCAUCUGCGUGAUGCUGGUCAUCAUCUGUCUGCUGGUGGCGUACAUCACAGAGAACAUCAUGAGCCCCUCAACGCAGCACACUUACUCCUACCGCACUCACUCCCGGCACUGAUGCACUGUAAAGAGCAUAAAAGGAAAAAAAAAGAAAAUCACAUUUAACAUCAUCUGCACAUGAAAUCAUGGUAAGCCAUCCAUUAACAGAUCUUUUACUGAAGCACAAUCUACUGUGGCUCUGCAAAUAACACGCCUUGUCGACCUCUGCGAGGAUGCACUAAACCAAACCUACUAAUAAACCACGUUUAAUAAAUACAGCAGUUCACUGUUAGGUUUUGUUGACCCCUCUAUCAGUCUGAAA